AUGUGCAAUAUCAACAAGCACGCAGAUGGGUAUUACAACAUCACGCUGAAAAUGCUCAAUGGCUGGGGAAGGUUUAGAAGGAAUAUCAAGGAAGAGGAUGAGCCAUUCAUACAUGCAUCUCAGGCGGCUCAAGUCUUCUAUUGCAAGGAUCCGACAAGAGAUGAUUGGCAUGUUGUAUUAGAUGUUCCGAAGCGACUAACAAAAGAUGCAUAUGCAUUUGAGGAUCCGCUAGUGUUUGAGGCCAGGUUGACUGCAUGUUCCUCGAGCCCUUCCUUGGUAAAUGAUUUGUAUGACCCAACUAGUGAAGAUAUACAAGAAGGGUCAUAUGUAGAAAUUGUAUUAAGUAACCCACGAAUUAUGUCAUAUGUAGGGCCUUCUAGUUCUGCCCCAGGAAGCACCACAAAGAUAAAAGUUUCAAUUAGUCCAGUUGGAGAGAUUACUGGAGAUAACAAAAAUCAAUUCACCUCAUUUCUAGGAAAUGUGGUCAGGACUUAUUGUCCAAUUGCAUACAAAGACUGGCGGCUUGUGCCAGAUACCAUCAAGGAUAAUGUUUGGUCAACUGUUUUAGCCAAAUAUGAUGUUGGCGACAGUGACGGCUGUAAAACUGCCAUAAUUAAGCGUGCUAAUGAUAUGUGGAAGGAUUGGAAGAACCGAUUACGAGGAACUGUCCUGGAUAUGUAUGAUAAUGAUGGAGACAGGAAAAAAAAUUGCCCUAAUGGCGUAAAGCUAGAAGAUUGGGUCAAAUUCGUUGAUUACGAAUCUAUAGAAGAGGCAAAGUCUCGUCGUGGAAAGGGAAAAGAAUCCAGAAGCGAAAUGAAGUUCCCUCACACGACUGGGCGACAGGGAUCUGUUAGGACGGCAGAGUUGAUUGUAAGUUUUUAAUAUAACUUUAAUUUCUUUUAAUCCAAUUUAAGAAUACAGAAUA